UAUUGUGAGUUGUGACAGUCAUUGAGCAUAAGAAGUAUCGCCUCCUUCACUUAGGUGUUUGGCCUUUUCCUUCUUUGAACAACAAAACCCCAAUCUCUUCCUUUGCCUUUCACUCCCUCAACAAACCAACAACAACUACUCAUUUUCUCUUCUCUAUUUUCCUCUCUUUCUUUGGCGAUCUCAACGAAGCUCUUCCACUCAAACACACCCUUUAAUUAUAUAGCAUUCUCUUACUUACCAUUAGAUUGGACUUUCUCUUCUUCCUCUUUUUCUGGAUCUUCAAUCUCUCCCUGAUUUUUCGGAUUUGGGGGAUCGAGUUUGAAGGGUGAAAUGGCUGCUUCUUCUGCGUCUCUCGCUGGUGCUUCUGCUUCGGACCUUUUGAGAAGUUCAACGAGCGGUUUCAGUGGUGUUCCUUUGAGAAGCUUGGGCAAGGGAAGAUUGGUUGUAAAGAGUAGGGAUUUUAGUGUUGCUGCCAAGCUGAGGAAGGUGAAGAAGCAUGACUAUCCUUGGCCCGCUAAUCCUGAUCCCAAUGUGAAAGGUGGGGUGCUGACCCACCUUUCCCGUUUCAAGCCACUCAAGGAAAAGCCAAAGCCUGCCACUUUGGAUUUUGAAAAGCCUCUUGUUGAUCUGCAAAAGAAGAUCUUUGAUGUACAAAAGAUGGCAGACGAAACUGGUCUGGACUUCACUGAUCAGAUUCAAUUAUUGGAGACUAAGUACCAGCAGGCUUUAAAGGAUCUCUAUACGCAUCUGACUCCUAUACAGCGGGUCAACAUCGCACGACAUCCUAACAGGCCAACUUUUCUUGAUCACAUCUUUAACAUAACUGAAAAGUUUAUGGAAAUCCAUGGUGAUCGGGCAGGUUAUGAUGAUCCAGCUAUUGUUACUGGUAUAGGGUUGAUAGAUGGUAGAAGAUACAUGUUCAUUGGUCACCAAAAGGGUAGAAAUACUAAAGAAAAUAUUCAGCGUAACUUUGGGAUGCCAACUCCUCAUGGUUACAGGAAGGCUCUUCGUUUGAUGGAAUAUGCAGAUCAUCAUGGGUUCCCCAUAGUUACAUUCAUUGACACACCUGGUGCUUACGCUGACCUUAAAUCAGAGGAACUAGGACAAGGUGAAGCAAUUGCUCACAAUUUGAGAUCCAUGUUUGGUCUGAAGGUUCCAGUUAUAUCUAUAGUUAUUGGAGAAGGUGGUUCAGGUGGUGCCCUUGCGAUUGGAUGUGCUAAUAAACUACUGAUGCUUGAAAAUGCUGUUUUUUAUGUUGCAAGUCCAGAAGCAUGUGCAGCAAUCUUGUGGAAGAGUGCCAAAGCUGCUCCAAAGGCUGCUGAGAAGCUGAGGAUUACAGCACCUGAAUUGUGCAAAUUACAAGUUGCAGAUGGUAUUAUACCUGAGCCGCUUGGUGGUGCACAUGCAAAUCCAGAGUGGACAUCUCAACAGAUAAAGAAAGCAAUCAAUGACACCAUGGACGAACUUACCAAGAUGGACACUGACGAGCUUAUAAAACAUCGCAUGCUUAAGUUUAGAAAGAUCGGUGGGUUCCAGGAAGGUGUUCCUAUAGAUCCUAAGAGAAAAGUCAACAUGAGGAAGAAGGAUCUUUCAAUUACUAAGAUGCCCGAUGCUGAACUGCAAGCUGAGGUUCAGAAACUGAAGAAACAAAUUUUGGAAGCUAAGGAAUCUUCUCCCAUUCCUCCAAAACUAGAUUUAGAUGAGAUGUUAAAGCAACUGGAGAAGGAGAUCAAUCAAGAAUACACUGAGGCAAUUAAAGCUGCAGGCUUGACAGAGAGGUUGAUGCAACUACAGGAGGAAGUCUCAGCAGCAAAUGCAGAUUAUGAAAGUCUUGAUCCAUCGCUGAAGGAUAAGGUAUAUAAGCUAAGGGUGGAGUUUGAAAAGAAAUUGCGUGCAUAUCCUAAUCAUGGUAGGCUGCAGAAAUAUCUUAAGUAUUUCAAUGAAUUAUCUGAAGCAAAGCAGUUGUCAGGUGUAAGCAAGGACACUGACACAUUUAAGCAAGAGUUGAAGACGACACUUGGUCAAGUCUUGAGUAAUCCGAAAUUAAAGAAAGAGUUUGAAGCAUUAAAGGAUGAAAUUAGAAGUGUUGGUGCAUCCUCAGGAAGUGAUUUGGAUGAGGAGUUGAAGAAGAAAAUCACUGACUUUAAGAAAGAGGUAGACUCACAGAUGGUUACUGCUCUGAAGUCGAUGGGCUUAGAUGUUGCUGUAAAACAAGAUAAGGCCACCGACCCAGGUACAGAAGAACUAAAAGAAGAAAUAGUGAAGCAAAUUGAUAGUUUGGUUAACUCAUCGGAAGAUAUUAAGAGCAAGAUGCAACUACUGAAAUCGGAGGUUGCCAAGGCUGGAAAGUCACCAAGUUCUGAAUCAGUGAAUAGAAUUGAUGCUUUGGUGCAACAAAUUAGGCGGAACCUUGCAGAGUUCAUUGACUCGUCUGGCUUAAAAGAAGAGUUUGAAGCUCUGCUGUCUAAUGGAAGUCUUGAUUCAGCUGCAGACAGGGUCACCGGUGAGGAGGCGAGAGAGAAAGUUGGUGCAAACUCUACCAUUUCUUAAUAAAUGCAGCUCAUAUGGUGCUGGCUGCAACAAGUGAAUGAAUGAAAUAGUGGAAACUACACCAGUGUGAGUAAUCUAUCUUGAUACGGUACUAUCAGCUGGUUGUGUAUCAUUUAGCAUCAAGGCCAUGUUUCUUAGAAACAGUUUUGGUAAUUUAAAGGAGAUACCAUGUUAGUGGUGGCUAAUAUUUUUCUAUAAUCUUCCAAUAGAAGACCAGCAGGGGAAUAAAAUUGAAACCAUUUUGUAUUUGUUUGAGUCAGAAUGUUGCAGUUAAAUUUAGAAUGACGUUUUGUGUUUUUUCUUA